ACUGCCGAAAUAAUUAAAACUAUAAGUGAUAAUACAGUGAUUUAGUGACAAAUAACGAAGAAAACGUUCAUACGGACUAUUUUGUGGUGUAGUUAUAGACAUGUUUAGAGUUACCGCAUGUUUACAAGGAUCGCCAGCUAAUUGGAUUAUGAUAGUUAACACUUAUUAAGUGAGAGAAACCUGCCAUUUCCCUGCAGUUAAGUGAAGGUGGAAGAUAUAAGUACAACGAGCUAAAAACACUGCCUCCUUAUUGAUCCGAAAAAAAAAAUGCCGACGACAACGAAGCACGAGAACAUCGCUCUCCUCAACAUGAUGUCUUCGGACAACCUGGACGAUGACCUGAAGAGCGUCCAGCUUCAUUUCCCUUCAGACCGGCGAUUGCAGAGCGACGGCGCAUGCGUGGAGGAGCGGGUGAGGACGUCCCGUGGAGACUUGCUGGUGGCCGUGAGGGGAGACCGCUCCAAGCGGGCCAUACUCACCUACCAUGACCUUGGCCUCAACUACGCAGCAAAUUUCCAGGCGUUCUUCAACUUCGUGGACAUGAGACCUAUUCUUGAACAGUUCUGCAUCUACCACGUAAACGCUCCCGGACAGGAGGAAGGGGCUUCGCCGCUGCCUGAAGACUACACCUACCCGACCAUAGAUGAACUCGCAUCACAGAUUGAUUUCGUGCUAGGACAUUUCGGUAUAAGGUCCUUCAUCGGAUUCGGGGUGGGCGCCGGUGCGAACAUUUUAGCCAGAUAUGCUCUCAUUAAUCCACAAAAAGUUGACGCGCUCGCGUUGUUCAACUGUACUUCUACACAAGCCGGCUGGACGGAGUGGCUUUACCAGAAGAUAAACACGCGGCAGCUUCGAUCCAGCGGGAUGACGCAGGGUGCGCUGGAUUACCUCAUGUGGCAUCAUUUCGGGCGCAGCACCGAAGACCGCAACCACGAUUUAGCGCACGUUUACAAAGAAUGCUUCUCACACGUGAACCCGAUUAACCUCUCGAUGUUUAUUGACGCUUAUCUGCGCCGCACCGACUUGGGGAUAGCGCGAGACACGAACACUAUCAAAGUGCCCGUCCUGAACAUGACCGGUGCGUUGUCCCCGCACGUAGACGAUACUGUCACCUUCAACGGCCGUUUGGAGCCGUCGAAGACUUCAUGGUUGAACAUUUCUGAUGUCGGGAUGGUUCUUGAGGAGCAACCUAGUAAGAUUGCGGAGGCUUUCAGGCUAUUCCUUCAGGGCGAGGGGUACUGCAGGUAGUCAGGUUGUCGAGGACACCGACGCGAGCGCCGCUUCUACACUAGAACGCACACGAUGCUUACACGCGAGCUUUACGAUACAUUUGAUGUAGACACAUUGCAAAUGUAGAAAUGAAAAUUGUUGUUCCUUGUUUUAGAUGUUUAUCGAAAUAAAUAUGUUUACAGCUUAA